GCUAUGUCAAGUGAACGAUCCCCGCAAGCUUCAUCAGCACAAAAUCAAGAGAGAUCUUCUGAUUCAUCUCCCACCAAUCAGUUAACGGUAGAUUCUCAGCUUCACACUGUGGCCAUCUCACAAAAAGAUUCUGUCAAUAAUGCAUUAUUUAAGAACCCUCAAGCCAAUCCAAAUGAAGUAGAAUUAAAAAGUCCUGCUAAAACAUCAAUCACAGUAAUCACUAGUGAUGGCAAAGAUCCCUUGAAACAAAAACAACAUGCACAUAAUAGAAAAAGUGUAAAAAGAUUAACUUCGAAGACCAGUAAUCCAAAAGAUUCAACAGCUGUCCAGCAAAUACAGUCUUCUAAAUCAGUUAACCCAGAUCCUAGCCAUGGCCAGGGUGAAAGGAAAGAACAGCCCUAUCAACAGAUUGGACCACCUCCACCACCACUACUGAACUUAGUAAUGUCUCAAAAUACAGAUGAUGAACCACUAGCAAAACCAGUGGCCAACCCUACAGUGAAGCCACUGAUUGAUUCUCAGGACUUGUUGAAUCGUAAACGAUUGUUGAGAAGGGUUGACCGCAUGGCAGAUUACAAUCCAGGUAAAUCUUUAGGCCUACUUAUUAAAAAUUUAAUGUUAGGCUCAACAUGUCAAGUUUUUCUUGUUAUUUAUCCUACUGAGUUAGCAUGCUGUCAAAGUAGCCCUACAUGCAGGCUAUGGUGUACAAAUAGAGUACCCAGACAGAUCAAUCCCUGUGUGGGAUAAUAAAAAGUAAUUAUGAAGCAUAAGGGACUGCUAUUGAAGCAGCGCACCACCUUUUGGUGUGCAAUCUUUACAGUCUAUCUCAGCAAGAAAUGUUGUCAUCCUCUUUAAUUGCAAAUUUAUACUUAAGGCAGAACAACAGUAAAGUCACUUCUUCUGAAAAUAAACAACUUCCUUGAAAUCCAUGCAGUCAAGCUAGCCUUACAGUUCACACCCGGAUACUAUGAUAUACCAAGAAAUGAAAGAGCAGACAAACUAAAAAAACAAAAAGCAUCCAAUGUACAGCCAAACAAACCUACAUCACUCAACACUACAAAGCAGAUUAUCAGAGCAGAUUGACUAUGGUCUGAAAACAAAGAUGUCUGCUUUCACACAUGCCCAGCUCAUGUUCCAAAGAUCUGAUUGAUUUUUCCCAAAGAAAUAAACCAGUCAUAAUUUUUAGCCUAUUUACAGGACACAUACAACUUAAGUCACCCUUGACCACAUAAAACCAGAUAAACAUGAAUGUGCCCCCUCUGCAGACACCCAAAAUGAAACAGAAAGACAUCACCUCUUCAAGUGCCCAGCACUUCAGGAAUUACAUCUUAUUAUCUAUCAAAAAUACCAGACUAUACCAACAGACUAUAAAUAAAUAUAGACCAGAUACAGAUAGUAUGUACACUGUUCACCAUGACCUUGGGCAGUUGGGCAUAUGCCCAAAAUGCUACUGGAUCUGAAUGAUGAUGAUAAUGAUGAGUAAACAUGCUUAUUUUCAAGACAUUUGUUUUUAAAAUAGCUUGACUAAUUCUACUGUUCUAUAAAUAAUAUUAAUUUAUAAGUUAGCUUGAUGCAAAGCAAAUUUUUAUUUCAAAGGUGUUAGUUUAGUGUAUGGUAGAGUAGUAUAUCGAAGGAAUAAUUCUCAAUCUUAUGAGUAUUUAUGAAUUACUGCCUGGAAAAUUCUGUUUUGUAUUAUUUCUCUUUACUUUAGUGACAUUAUCAAGAUUAGAGCUUUUUGAAAAGGAAUAUGAAAAAGUUAGGUUGACACCACCUGAAUAUUUACCUCUUCAUCUUGUAAAGGUAAAUAUAUAUAUUGGUAUAUUUUCUGUUAAUAUUACAAUAAAUAUUAAAUGAUAGCAUUGAAAAUAAAAAGGGAUAAAGUUGUAUGCUUUUUUCAAAUUUAAGAAAGUGUAUACUCAAACAUAACUUUCUUUUUGAAUGCCCCUAAUUAAAUUUUAAUAAAAUUAACUACAUUAAUAUUGAUCCAGUUUUUCAUAUUUUGAAAUGUAACAUAUAUUAUUAAAAAAACAAAACUUUGUAUUGUUUUUAUGAAUGCCUCAUCCAUGUAUUUUAUUCCCACAGCAAGUUAUUGUUAGCCAGAAUUCAAGUGCUGACCUAGUUAAUCUGAACUUCAAUGGGAUUGAUCAGGUG